UACGAUGGUUUCAUUCUGGAUCAAUUUGGUGUUAUGCACAACGGAGAGCAUGGCUUGGAAGGUGCACCCGAAUGCGUAGAAGCUCUAGCCAGGCAAGGUAAAAAACUAAUUAUUCUCUCCAACUCGUCAUCCCUGGCCAAAGAUACAUCAGCUCGACUACCGAAACUCGGUUUUGACCGUGACGCGUUUGUAGGAGCCGUCACAAGUGGCGAGGAAGCGAGCCACUAUAUUCAAGAAACAUACGCUGGCAAAAAAUGCCUUUUCCUGACUUGGAAGUCACCCAAGACACCGUCUCCAGUCUCGGUUUUGCAAAAGUACGGGAAUGUAUCGAUAUCAGACAACGUAGAAGAAGCUGACUUCAUCUUGCUGCAUGGUUGCGAAGUUAUGCGAGGGCCAGGACCAGAUGGUGAGGCAUCCGAAACUGAUCUCGGACAUUUCAUGGAAACGGGUAACUUGGAAAUUGUCGACAAGAUAUUGAAACCGUGUUUGGAUCGGAUGAUUCCUAUGGUUUGUGCCAAUCCCGAUUUUAUUUACGUCAAACCUGACGGCGAUGUCGCCAGCAUGCCGGGCAAGAUUGCGGAGCGCUAUGAACAACUCGGGGGGUCCGUUACGUCUUUCGGAAAGCCCCAUAAGGAACAUUUUGAAGCAUGUGUUCGUGAUUUGGGCCUGCCCAAAGAGAAAGUUGUGCACGUUGGCGACUCAAUCUACCACGAUAUUGCCGGCGCCAACGCCACCGGAAUCAGCAGUAUUCUAGUAGUCGGUGGCGUCCAUCGCGAGGAGCUAGGUAUUGAAGUCGGAAGUCUGCCCGAACGCGACGCUCUGGAACAACUUUUUCACACACAUGGGGAAACUCCAACUCAUGUUGUGCCUCUGCUAAAGCUCUAA